AUGAGAAGCAGUAAAAGGUUCUGCUGUGGUCUGAAAAUCUGUGUUCUAGUUACCUUUGUGCUCUUGGUCAUUAUAUCCGUGGUUUUAGUUACCUUGUAUUUUACAGUUUUCAAGCCUAAAGAACCAAAGAUUAAUCCUCAGCCUGUUAUCCUUGAGAGUAUUCGUUGGAUAAUCUUUCCAAUACAGAUGUUAAAUAUUACAUUAGGCAUGGUAGUCACAGUCGAAAAUCGAAACUAUGGAAGCUUCAAAUACCAGGAGAGUGCAGCUUAUGUGAGUUACAGGGGGGAUGUCGUCGCCGAAGCUCCGAUCGAUGCUGACACUAUUCCUGCUCGAGGGAAACAUAAUAUAAGCACAACUGUGACAAUAUUUGCGGAUAAGUUGUUAUCGGAUGAUAAUUUCAAGAGAGAGUUUCUACAAGGGUCGAUCUUGAAUUUUACUUCAGCAACAACCUUGCAUGGUAAGGUUAUCUUGUUCAAGUUGAUCAAGGCAAAAGCCAUUAGUUCAAGCACUUGUGACAUCUCUAUCUUUGUCCGAGAGCAGCAAGCUGAGUCCAUUUGCAAAUCCAAAGUCAGCUUAUAA